CAGGCGAAGCCUCGGGGCCACGCCCGAGAGGCAUUUGUAUUUUACUUUCAGCAGUUCAGAGCCCAUGAUGGCCAGGUUACCCACUUGUGGACUUCCUUGCCCACUUAAUUGAGUCAACCUAACCCUCACCUUCUCUCUCUUCUCACUCCAUUUAGCGGGUCACGUAGCCACUAGGGCUUCCUUAGCCUAUCAGGCCACCUGGGGACUGAGUCAUUCAGUCAGUCACCUAUCUGGUGGUCACAUCUGCCCCUGGGGUCAUCUCUUUACUGGGCCGCCUCGGCCCAUCGGGACCUGUCAGUCCUUGAGCUCCCUCAGGCCCCUAGGCUGGCCAGGUCGCCUCAGUGCCACGCCUCCCUGGCCCGCGAUUCGGCCUGCACGUUACGCUUUGUUCCCACAAGCAGGUUUUCGAAACGCCGCUCCCUCUCGGCUCCAGCUGUUUUCCUGCCAGCGCUGGGAGACCCGGCAGCCGCAGCGCCCCCAGCGGCGCGCAGCAGCCCAGGAAGGGAGUGCCUACGGCCGGCGCCUCUUCAGCCUCCUCCUGGAACGCGGGAGCUGGCGCCACCAGCGCCCACCCUGAUCGUCGCGACGGUGCUCCUAAUUGGCUGCGCUGUGUGACGUAACGGGAGGGCCCCGGCGGCCGCCGGGAGCCAGGGCCCCGCGCGUGCGCAGACGGAGCGCGCUGAGCGGAGGGGGGAGGUGGCUGCCGCUUCUCCCGCGUCCGCCAUUUUGUUGCUGUGGCUAUUGGGAACAAGCUGGGCAAAAGCACCCCGGAGGCGCGACGCUCCUUCGAGUUCCGUGCCUCGUGUGACGGCGGGGGUCGGUGAAGACCCGUAGAGCUGCGGCGCCGGCGCGUUCCAGGCCGGGAGUCACUGGAGGCACCCCUGGGACGCCGAGCAGCCCAAGAACCCCGGGGUGGCCUCCGCUGCGGCUCGGGUUUGCCUGCCCCGACCCCCCCGGCUCUGCCCUGCAUUCCCGGGCGGCUCUCUCCGUGUGGCGGCCCCGGAGCAGGCGGGCGGCGUCGGAGGAUGCUGCGGGCUCGGAGCCGAGAGGAAAGUGCUGGCCCAGCUCUCUGAGCGCUCCUCCAGGUGUGCGAGAGGCCCUUCCUCGGUCCCAAAGCCGUCUGCCGGGCUAAGGCGUGCAGAGCAGGCGAGGACAGCCGCCGCCCCUACCGCCGCAGAGUCCCGGGUCCGACACCAUGUCCUCCGCCAGGUUCGACUCCUCGGACCGCUCCGCCUGGUACAUGGGGCCGGUGUCUCGCCAGGAGGCGCAGACCCGGCUCCAGGGCCAGCGCCACGGUAUGUUCCUCGUCCGCGAUUCUUCCACCUGCCCUGGGGACUAUGUGCUGUCGGUGUCCGAGAACUCGCGGGUCUCCCACUACAUCAUCAACUCGCUGCCCAACCGCCGUUUUAAGAUCGGGGACCAGGAAUUUGACCAUUUGCCGGCCCUGCUGGAGUUUUACAAGAUCCACUACCUGGACACCACCACCCUCAUCGAGCCCGCGCCCAGGUAUCCAAGCCCACCAAUGGGAUCUGUCUCAGCACCCAACCUGCCUACAGCAGAAGAUAACCUGGAAUAUGUACGGACUCUGUAUGAUUUUCCUGGGAAUGAUGCCGAAGACCUGCCCUUUAAAAAGGGUGAGAUCCUAGUGAUAAUAGAGAAGCCUGAAGAACAGUGGUGGAGUGCCCGGAACAAGGAUGGCCGGGUUGGGAUGAUUCCUGUCCCUUAUGUCGAAAAGCUUGUGAGAUCCUCACCACACGGAAAGCAUGGAAAUAGGAAUUCCAACAGUUAUGGGAUCCCAGAACCUGCUCAUGCAUACGCUCAACCUCAGACCACAACUCCUCUACCUGCAGUUUCCGGUUCUCCUGGGGCAGCAAUCACCCCUUUGCCAUCCACACAGAAUGGACCUGUCUUUGCGAAAGCAAUCCAGAAAAGAGUACCCUGUGCUUAUGACAAGACUGCCUUGGCAUUAGAGGUUGGUGACAUCGUGAAAGUCACAAGGAUGAAUAUAAAUGGCCAGUGGGAAGGCGAGGUGAAUGGGCGCAAAGGGCUUUUCCCCUUUACGCACGUCAAAAUCUUUGACCCUCAAAACCCAGAUGAAAACGAGUGAUUGCUGUUGCCCUGUUUCCUGCUGCUUUGUUGUUCUGCCUGUCCUAGUCUCCUUUGAAGUGGGAAAGCAUUUUCUCUCAUAGGCAAGUCACACUGCAUUGCCGAAGUCCAGCUUUCUGCAGACUGGCAGUCGCACACACAUUUGGAAUGCACACAGCGGCUGCCUCCUGACGUUUGUAUCAUAGUCGUAUUGUCAAAGAGUAGCCGAUUUUAGAGUUCUUUUGGAUUAUAAACUGGAAAUACUGAUGGAAGCACACAAGUGGAGAGAAGUUGACGAGGAAAGGGUCUUCCUUCUCAUUGCUGCCUGUUUGUACGUGGGACUGAUUGUGUCAUGUUCACCAGAAAAAGCUUGAGGCCAUGGCGAGAUACUGCAUGUUUGCUGUUCCACAAAGCAGUGACUCAGCUGCCAUCUUGCUGUUCGUUGGACAACAGGAAGUGAACCUUAAGGAAGAGAGAAUUCUGUCCUAAAACUCCAAAAUCUGGCUUUUUUUUUCUUUUGUUUCGGUUUGGUUUUGGAAAACUAAUUAAUUAGACUUGUGUGGGGUUUUUUUUGUUUGUUUUUUGUUUGUUUGUUUGUUUUGUUUUGUUUUUUUGAGAUGGAGUCUCGCUCCGUCACCCCGGCUGGAGUACAGUGGCGCAAUCUCGCCUCCCUGCAGUCUCCACCUCCUGAGUUCAAGCGAUUCUCCUGCCUCAGCCUCCCGAGUAGCUGGGACUACAGGCGCGCACACCACGCCCGGCUAAUUUUUGUAUUUUUAGUAGAGAUGGGGCUUCAUCAUGUUGACCAGGCUGGUCUCGAACUCCUGACUUCAGGUGAUCCACCCGCCUCAGCCUCCCAACAUGCUGGGAUUACAGCCGUGAGCCGCCGCGCCUGGCCUAGACUUGUGUGUUCUAAACAGGUUAAGUAGCAGGUUGGGUUUUUAUGAUAGUGCAAGGAAUGACUCAUGCCUCUGAGCUUCUAAACUGAAGCUGCUGUAACUAAAGAAAUCUGAAAAGAACAACCCUGAAGCAGAGGCCUUUAUUGUCUUGGUUGCCAGUAGUACCUUGUUUUGCCAUGUAGCAGACAACACACAAAAUAAUGCAGUUGUGAUGUGCCAUGCUAUGUGCACAGCCCCUUGGAUUACUUUGUUUUAAAAAGCAUCAGAGUUGGGGGGUACUUUAGGGAAACCUUUGCUUACCUUGUUUUGCCAGUGAUAAGAGCAGUGGGUUGGAGGGCGGUUGGCCAGUUUUCUGUUCAGCUUUUCAGUGAAUGUACCCCUUUAAGGUUAAGACUUUAAACUUCCUUAAAAAGUGGGGUUGUUCAUAGAAUCAUUGGACUCAUUAAUGAAUCGUUAAACUCCACUCACUGAAGCCCAGACCUCCAUGCCCAGGCCCAAUCUCGCCAGGCUGCCAGAGAAAGUUGGUGCUGCUCAUACUGGUCUCACGGUCUAAGUAAGUGUCUGUGAUGCUCCCAAGCAAAGGAAAUGCAAGCUCUGGAAAUUCAUUAAUGUAUUUGAUGUCUUAGUGUUUUAGUGACUAGGGAGACCAUUAACCAGUUUAUCAUUAACCACUUAUCAGUGUAUUGAUGUUAAAGCAUUUCCCUGUUAGCUAAAAGAGGCCUGUUCAUACUAGCCAGCUGGUAUAUACAUGUGGUUCAUCCAUCAUCUGCUGCACAUAGCAGACUAAAAUUCUGGGAACCCUGUGCAAUUUAGUCUGCUCUCCCUUGUGGACCCUGGUAAAGACAAGCCCCAGCUCAUAGUGAACACAGCAGACCUAGAAAUGUAGCAACAGCCUAAUGAGUAGCUUUCAUUUACUGAGCAUCUGCUGUGACUGUGGCCCUGUCUGGAGGUUCCUAGGUUUUGAGAUUUAGAGCAAUGCAUUCUGGAGACAGAACCAGCAAAACAACCAUUUUUCGAUUUUUCUUUAAAUCAGUAUUCCAUCAGGCAGAUAACUGCUGUAUUCAUGAAUCUUGAGAGUGUUCCUGAGACAGAAUUAAUGGUCAGUUGGGAAAACUAUCACCAUGGCUUCCCAUCUGUGGUUUUCCUCUAAAAGCCUUGGAGAUUAGCCCUUCCUUGCCAGUGAGAACGGUGGCCGCCUCCUGCUCUGCACGGUCUGCGGCAGUUGCCGCUUCUGGUUAGGUGUGUCAGGUUGGCUUAUUUUGGAUUCAGGCCUGGCAUAGCACCCACAAGUGGCAGACAUGUCACAGAGUCCCCAAACUCUGCCUAGAAACAGUGUUUGCCCUUUGGCCAGUGACAUGGUUCAUCCCUGCCCAUGUUGAGCUGUGAGUGGAGUUUCCAGCAGAGGGAGGAAUGUGUGCCUUGUUCAAGGAGGGCACAGACUCUUAGGCCUUUUUCAACCAGGUUUAGCUGAAGGGCUUGACACCUUUGAAUUACAGCAGUUGACUCACAGCGCAAGAAGUCUGUGGCCAUUUUGGAAAGCAAGGUUUCCUUUCAGCCGUGUCUACUGACCAAUAUCCCGACUCACCUUUUGUGGCGCACUUCAGAAUCAGAUAUACCUAGAGUAUACCUGUGGUUUGGUUUCAUAAUUAAUCAGCUCAUUACUUCAGCCCAUGAAAAUGGCAUCCAGGGCUGCCAGGAGAUUCAGAGCUCAAAACAAGGCGAGCUUGAGUUCUGCACUCCAGAUAUGUGCCAAAACUAGUCAAACUUACUGACUUACAACCUUGUCAGUUUUUUUUAAUCAGGCAGGGAUACUCUCUUUUUCACACUAAACAUAUGAACGCAGCACUGCUGCCUCAGCUCAGCUUCGUGCCUGGGUUCCCCACUAGUCUGGGAAGACUGUUGUGCUCCAUAGAGCAGUGCACAUCUGACCCAGAGGGUGGAUGUUCAUAACUGCUACUUGCUCUGCUCUACCAUGUUUAAAGAAAUACUUGGAUGUUAAAUUAACUCACUAUGGUUUUUCACCUGGGAAGGAAACAAAUUACGUACUAGAGGGCAUUGACUGGUUAAAAACUUGUGUAUCCUGGGAAGGACCUGCGGUACAGGAGUCAGCCGUGUCUGUGCUGUGUGGAACCACCUGACGACAUGGUUAACGAGGAAGACGAUGUGUUGACCGGCUGCCGUUUGAGGACUUUGGUCACCCAGACUAGACACCUUCUGUGCUCAUGUUUGGAAAGCUGAAAGGGAAGGACAGCUGUGCCCUCCUGGGAGCUCAUGUGUCCUUGGCGCUGUGCUAGCUUUCCUUUACAGCUGUUUACAGACAAGGCAGGCCUGAGGCAGAUGGCCACUGCUCUUGUGAUGUUUGCUCAGAGGAAUAUGAACAUUUUAUUUUUGAAAAGGGAUGAUGUGGUUUUGUGCCAGGUGUUUAUAAUUUAAUCCUUUAAUAUUAUGGUUAUUAACUUCUUAAACAUGAAUGAAUUCUUGAUGGUUUUAACACAGUACCUAAGACUAAUGCUUUCUGUGGACACCACUGAGCUCUGCCUCAACUCCACCCUCUGGGACCGGAGGACUAUGCCCCUGGUAACUGCUGUCGGUGUGGACACUGUGCUGGUUCUAUUUUCUAAAGGAGCAGAAGGACAAGUCUCUGAGACAGGAUCGUUGUCCCUACAGGAGGAACAGUGGCCUUGCUUCUUAGACGGUCUUCACUGUGUGUUUUAAAACAAAAACAACAACAACGUAAAACUCUUUUGACCUGUAACUUAAAGAUCAUAAACUUCAGGCAAUAAUAUUUUCUGUGUAAGCUUUUAAAAUUAUUUUUGGGGAUCAUAGCUUGUUUUAUUUUGUGCUAUAAAAUUAACAGUAUUAAAUGACUUAUAUUCUUAGAAUACAUUGAGUGUCUUUUCUUAACAGAUUAGUGCCUUUUUAUUUUUGUAUUCCGUUUUACGUUACUGGUCCCAGCAUCAAAACCCUUGUUUCCAUGGCCUGUUUGUAUAUUGUCUCAAUAAAACUUGCAUCAGCCGGUGGUGGCAGCA